AUGGAUAUGAAUGAUGCAUCCACGGGAACUUCAAACUCAAGCGACGACUCUUUCUUGCCUCUCAAGAAACGUUUGAGACCUCUUAACGACGCAUCUGACAAUGCCCUAGUGGUUGCAAAAAAGACCAUUGUAAAGUACAAAGGAGUUGUUCAGCAGCAGAAUGGUCACUGUGGGGCUCAGAUAUACACAGACCAUCGAAGGAUUUGGCUCGGUACUUUCAAAUCAGCUGCUGAAGCCGCUACGGCUUACGAUAGCGCAUCCAUCAAGCUACGGAAUUCUGAUGCUAACUCGCACCGGAACUUCCCUUGCAAUGAUUUCACCGUCCAUGAACCGGACUUUCAACAAACUAAGUCAACAGAAGAUGUGUUGAACAUGAUCAGAGACGGUUCUUAUCCACAUAAGUUCAAAGAGUUUCUCAGAGAUCAAACUCAGAAGGUCGUGAGUAUCAAUACCGUGGGAUCAAAACAGAGCCAAGGAGAUGAAGAAUCGGACAAGUGUUUCUCUUGCAAGGAGCUUUUUCAGAAGGAAUUGACUCCGAGCGAUGUAGGGAAACUCAACAGGCUUGUGAUACCUAAGAAGUAUGCAGUGAAGUAUUUACCUUUCAUAAGCGAUUAUCAAAACAAGAGAGAAGAUGGCCAAAAAGGAGGAGAUGUGGAUGAUGUUGAGGUUGUGUUUUAUGAUAGAGCAAUGAGACAAUGGAAGUUUAGGUAUUGUUACUGGAGAAGUAGUCAGAGUUUUGUCUUUACCAGAGGAUGGAAUGGUUUCGUCAAGGAGAAGAAUCUCAAGGAGAAAGAUGUUAUCGUCUUUUACACUUGCGAUGUCCCGAGCAAUGUCAAGACAUUAGAGGGUCAAAGCAAGAACUUCUUGAUGAUCGAUGUUCAUUGCUUUUCAGACCUCGGUUUUGUGGCUCCCGAGGAAGUAAACAAGACUGUUCAUAACAGUUUUGAGGAAAAAAUGAAAACAGAAAACUUAUUUAACUCGAAAUUAAAAGACGAAGAAACCAAAUCAGAGGAGAAGAAAGGAGGGUUUAUGCUAUUUGGUGUAAGGAUCCAAUAG